ACCAUAUCCAGAGGCCUUCGCCCUUCAAGGGUUUUUAAUACGCGCCGCCCACCCUACGAUCGCCGUCUCGCCGAGCCGCUUCCCCUCCUCAUAGUCUCUCUCUCCCCCUUCUCUUGUCCCAGCCAACGAUGUCUUCUUCCCAGGGCCGAAGGGGGUCUCUCCCAGGGACGAGCCGCGACGGCGAGGGGGGUGUCCUCUCCAGGGUCACGAGCUCCAUCUCGCAGUCCCCCGUCGUGUACCGCGGGAAGCGCGCCGCCUCCGAGGCCGCCACCGUCACCAAGAAGCUCCUCUGGAGCACUGGCCGCGCCGCCUGGAUCGCCGGCACCACCUUCCUGGUUCUUGUGGUCCCCCUGAUCAUCGAGAUGGACCGGGAGCAGCAGAUGAACGAGCUCGAGCUGCAGCAGGCCAGCCUCCUCGGCACCUCCUCGCCCUCCAUGGCCGCCCCCGCCCCUCCCAAGUGAUCGUCGUUCAGGUCAGCAAGGCUCUUCCCAUCUAGGGUUCCGCUAUGACCAGGAUUCGUGAUCUUGUGAGAAGCUGCAGUGAUGGGGUUUAGGUCUUUAGUAUUUGGUCUGGAUUUAUAAAGCUUUUGCCUUUUUGAAUUUGCUAUAGCCUAUUGUUGAAUUCUUAUCUCUCUAUCGAGUUUCUUGUUCUGAUGUGAUACUUGUGAAAUUUCAACAACUGAUUUGUUCGCUCCAUCUGUGGAAUUAGUUCUGUUCUGUUUA